AUGUCGAUGUACGCUGCCGGUCUAGACAGUGCCAUGCCCAAUGGCACUGCGGAUGGCCAGCAACAAGGCCCCCAGGCAAAUCAAGCUUGUAUGACAUGCAGAAAGCAAAAACGCAAAUGCAACAAAGCUCUGCCGGCUUGCGGGCUGUGCGAGCGUAUGAACCGCCAUUGCGAUUACUCGGAUAGCACGCCCCCACCAACCUCGGAAGACUUCAAUGCCUUGCGAAUGAAGCUUAUGGAGCUCGAGUCGAGACUGAAUGGAGGAGGAGGUGGAGGGUCAGGGGGAGGUGUCAUGAUUUCCCCGCCUCCUUUUCCUACCCCAUCAUCGGGCGCUUUGUCGGGCUCCGAAGCACUUGGUCCUCAGCUGCCUCCGUACAGUCCUCAACAACAAGAAGCCCCGACCCAAUGGCAUGGCGUACAGAAUCGGUUCCCCCCGAUAGUUUUUCUUGACAAGGAAUCAUUCACACAUGGAGGGAUUAAUAUACCGAAGCCGUCUAUUGAGAUCCCGGUAGAUGUGCUUGAUCUUCUCGGAGAUGGUCAAUCUGUGCAGGCAAUAAUCUCUGAAUACUUUGCUACUGUCCAUAAAUGGAUGCCUAUCGUUUCUCAAAUGCGAAUGACCCGAAAUAUGGUAAAUCCCGUAUGGGAAGCUGGGCCAGAUCUUGCGUUAUUAUUUCUUUGUAUGAAAUUGAUCAUUUCGCGACCUCACGAUGGUAUUGAGAGCUCUCAGAACCCCGUUUACCUAGCCGCAAAGCGGUUCAUUUCUCUACUUGAAAUGAGUGGAGCCGCUACGCUCUUGAUAUUGCAAGCCAACCUUCUUGUGAUGUGGUAUGAAUACGGCCAAGCCAUAUAUCCUGCGGCCUGGAUGACUGCUGGUUGGUGUGUUAGAUAUGGCAAUCUCCUUGGUAUCAAUGGUCAGAGUGAAGCUGUACAACUUUUAGGACGCCCAAGCACAUGGACUGAGAGAGAAGAACGUCAUCGGACUUGGUGGGGUGUUCAGAUUGCUGAUAGGGUUGUCUCGCAUAUAAGCCAAGGUUACAUUAUGAAUUCACAAGAGCCAGAUGCAGAGACUGUUCUCCCUGUUGAUGAUGCUGCAUGGGACGAAGGCGAGAUGUCAGCCGCCACUCAGACUUUACUCUCCGCUCCUAUUGACAGUCCAGUUGCGUCCUUUCCUCGUCUCUGCCAGGCAUCUUCAAUGAUGGGCAAAGUUCUUCAUCACCAUCUUGGCGAAAAAAUACCUAUAGAAACUGCCCGCUUCGAUCUUGCCUCUCAACUUUACCUCGACGUCUCGGCUCUCGCCAGACAGAUCACUGAAGAGAUAGCCACCGUACCAGACUACAUCACCCUGACAGCCCCACUUUCGCUCACUUUUAGCGCACUGGCGACUCUCUGUGAACCGUAUUCCUGCCCGACGGGUUACGGUAGCAAGACUGCUAGCGCAGAAGUCGCUGCUAUGCAGAUACAAGCUGUUGAUGGCCUAAAGACUGUCUCGCGGAGCAUCUUGGACUUCUCUGAGCAAAUCAAUGCCGUCACAACGGAACCGCAAGACCUUGAUAGGAUUUCCCCAAUCGUCAUGGCUCCUUUGUACGCAGCAGCGGCAAACUUUGCUUGGCUGGUGCGGGAAAGUGGAGAUGAAAAUUCGCAGAUGGCUCUCGACGCCUUACGGCGCACUCUCAGUAGACUUGGAACACGUUGGAGAAACGCGGCAGAAUAUGCCAGAAUCCUGGAGGCACAAGAAUUCCAGUACGCUGUUGGCAGUGCUGGUUCGUGA